CUGUUUAUUGUUUAUUGUCAUUGAUAAAGCUGUGAAACUGGACAAAUUAAAAAAGUUAAGCUUAAUAUUUUUAAGCUAUUAUAAAAUAAUUCAAAUAAUUCAAUAACUAUUUUCUAAACAAGUAAAACAUAAUAAUAUUUCUUACAUUUGUUCGUUUUUUUAAAUUUUAACUAUUAAAUUUUUAUUACUCUUAUUUUAAUAAAUUAAUAAAACCAACUCAUAAUGUCAUCAAGUAGUAGACCUGAAGAUCAUCGACGAAAAUGGGACCGAGACGAAUACGAAAAAUUAGCCAGAAAGCGAUUGAUGGACGAUCUCGACGACGAUCGUUCCAAAGAUCUAUCACCAAUCAAAAGAGAAAUGCUCAAGCAACGAGAUUAUCGCGUAGACUUAGAUUCAAAACUUGGAAAAAGUGUUGUAAUUACUAAAGCUACUCCUUCUUCACAAAGUGGAGGAUAUUACUGUAAUGUUUGCGAUUGUGUGGUUAAAGAUUCCAUUAAUUUUUUGGAUCAUAUAAAUGGAAAAAAACAUCAAAGAAAUUUAGGGAUGUCCAUGAAAAUUGAAAGAUCAUCACUGGAUCAAGUAAAAAAACGAUUUGAAUCGAAUAAAAAGAAAAUGGAAGAAAAGAAAAAGGAUUAUGAUUUAGAACAGCGUUUACGAGAAUUGAAAGAAGAAGAAGAGAAGUUAAAGGAAUAUAGAAAAGAAAAAAAGAAAGAGAAAAAACGAAAACAUGAUGAAUUAGAUGAUGAACCUCAAAACGAUGAUAUGGCAGCAUUAAUGGGAUUUUCAGGUUUUGGGUCAUCAAAAAAAUAACAAUUUUAUACACAAUCAAGUUUAAAUUAUAAAAUAGUACAUAUAAAAUCUCAUUAAUCGACAAUAAUAAUGAUUAAUAACAUCUAAAAUUGUAAUGAAACUGCUUUUUUAAAAUUUCAUAAAUAUUCACACCAAACAACAAACUAAUCUGUAAAAAAAAAAAAUUAAUAUUUAUCAUUAGCAAUUAUUUUUUGAAAUAUUAUAAAUGUACAUAAAAUUAUUCAUAUCAAAAAAUAUUAUUUGAAAUAGAAUAUAGUUGACAGUAUCAAUAAUAAUAAGACACAAUUUUAACUUUUAUUUUAUUAUUAUUAUUAUUGUAUAUAAUUGUAUUCUAUUAAAAUUUUAAAUUAAAAUUAAAUUUCUUCAGUUUUCUUUCUACACAUAAAAUAUUCAAUACAAUGCUGACAUAGAGUGGAUUAUAAGUAUAUGGGAUAUAGCUCAGAAUAAGACUUUUAGGGGCUGAUACUAGAUUGUGGAUACUCAUCGAUAAAAUGCCAAAAAAAAAAAUCCUCUGCCCUGUUUGAACACUGUAUCACUAUAAAAAGUAUUAUUACUUUGUACAUACACUUAUAAUUAUUAUCUAAUAAGAAAUAUAUGAUGUACUAUUGAUUAAAUAUAAUGUAUCUUAUGAUAUUACUUUCAUUACUAAAAUUUUACUCAGAUCAAAAAUAAAAAUAUUAAUAUUAUAGUUACUAGGUAUAAAUAUAAAAUAAAUUAUAGUUAAAUUAUAAUACUAGUCUUUUAGCACAUUUUUAAGUUUAAAUUUUAUAAUAUAUCACUUUCUGUAGACAAUCUUAUUAAAAUCAGAUAGUUUGUUUUAAAAAUGGUAAAAUGUAAUAUUUUUGACCAAAAAACUACUAAAUAAUUUUAAGUUAUUAGCCACACACCCUCCAAUUUUUCUUAAUCCAGGCAUAAUGAGAGAAUAUUUUUAUAGGCAUACAUUUAUAAUUUUAUAGUAUAAGUUUUCAAUACUUUUCUUUCAUUAGAAGGUUUUAAUAACUGCCCAUACGUACCAUACUUCUGCCAUCUAACAUUAAUUUGUAGGUAAAAGAGCAAAGUAUAAAAGGAACAUGGGUGAUUAAACAUCCUUAUACCCUCUAUUCAGCAACAAUGAUACAAUGUAUUUUAUAGUUAAUAGUUUUUUUUUUUUAACUUUAUUAUACUUACUUAAUGUAGUAAAACAAUCAUUAUUCAUUAAGACAAGUUUAAAUUUCUGAAAUACAAAUAUUGAGUAGAAAUAAAACAUCAAACCUUUGUACAGCAUUUCAA